GCUCUGGCAACAUUUAGCUUCCUCAUCUGGCUGCCCCUGAGCUACAGACACCAUGGUGGGAAUCUGGCUCCCUCCCCUGCUAACUGUGUUGCUGUCCUUAGCCCUGGAAACUGCUGGACAAGGAGAUCACGGUGACAGAAAUGGAGACAGAAUUAUAGACGGCUACCCAUGUGAAAAGGGUUCCCACCCAUGGCAGGUGGCCUUGCUCAGAGGCGAUCAGCUCCACUGCGGAGGAGUGCUGGUCAGCGAAUGUUGGGUGCUUACAGCAGCCCACUGCAAAAUGCGUGAGUACACUGUGCAUCUGGGCAGUGAUAAGAUCGGGGAUCAGAAGGCCCAGAAGAUCAAGGCCAGGAAGUCAUUCCGACACCCUGGCUACUCCACAAAGACCCACGUCAAUGACAUCAUGCUUGUGAAGAUGGAUAAGCCUGUCAAGAUGUCAUCCAGCGUGCAGAAAGUCCAACUUCCAUCCCACUGUGAACCCCCAGGGACAUCCUGCACUGUCUCUGGAUGGGGUACCACAACCAGCCCAGAUGUGACCUUUCCCUCGGACCUUAUGUGCUCGGAUGUGAAGCUCAUCUCCUCCAAGGAGUGCAAGAAGGUGUACAAGGACCUGCUGGGGAAAACCAUGCUGUGUGCUGGCAUUCCUGACUCUAAGACCAACACCUGCAACGGUGACUCAGGGGGGCCCUUGGUGUGCAACAACACCCUUCAAGGUCUGGUGUCCUGGGGAACCUACCCUUGUGGCCAGCCCAACGACCCAGGUGUCUACACUCAAGUCUGCAAGUACAGCCGGUGGUUGCAAGAGACCAUGAAAACCAAUUGCUAA